CGCUCUUUUGCAUAACACAUAUGAUUCAAGACUUUCGUUAACAUGCAGUCUCUUUUAUUCUAUUCAUUGUCUCUAUUGAGUACAUUCCAGAGUACUUUUGCUUCUCCGCUGCUCAGCAUCAAUGGCCUCCAGCAAUGGCCCAACGCGACUGGACCACAGUACGGCGGAACUCCGGAUCCACGAUGCCAGUACUGGAUGGAAGACAUUCAGCAUCAAGGAAUCGCAGCGUUCAACCGCAACCCUUCGAAUUACACAGUCUUCCGAAAUGUGAAAGAUUACGGCGCGAAGGGUGACGGUCUCACAGAUGACUCCAAAGCGAUCAAUGCAGCCAUAACCGAAGGAGACCGCUGUGCGCCAGGCGUCUGCAACACCACUACGACUACCCCAGCGGUCGUCUACUUCCCUGCUGGAACUUAUAUGGUCAACGCGAGCAUCGUCUCUUACUACUACACUCAGCUCAUUGGAAACCCGAACUGCCCACCUGUCAUUCGCGCAACGCCCAGCUUUCCCGCCGGCAGCUUUGUAGUGGAUGGCAAUCAGUACACCGACAAAGGUCUGGGCUACAAGCCGGUCGAUACCUUUUGGAGACAAGUUCGUAACUUGAUCAUCGAUACCACUUUGGUGCCAGCCAAUACCUCUGUUACGGCGCUACACUGGCCGACAGGACAGGUCAACCAGGUAUCGAACCUGGUCUUCAAUCUCAGUGACGCGCCAGGAACACAGCAUAUUGGUAUGCUGUGCGAAGAAGGCAGUGGCGGCCUGCUCACCGACCUGGUCUUCUAUGGAGGCCUGAUCGGGGCGAACAUCGGCAACCAACAGUACACUGCUCGAAACUUGACUUUCAAGAACGUAGUCACUGCUAUCAACCAGUUAUGGGACUGGGGUUGGACCUACAAGUCAAUCACAAUCGACAACUGCACUAUUGGUCUCAACCUCUCCAACACUGAUCAAUUCGGUCUUACUACUGGCUCGAUCAACUUCAUCGACUCUUCGAUCAGCAACACGGCUACUGGAUUCAUAACCGGUCGCAAUGAGACAUCUUCGCCUGCGAGUGCGAACACUUUGAUCCUCGAGAACUUGCAGCUGGACAAUGUUUCUGUCGUAGUUCAGGGACCUUCGGGGCCACGACUCCAGAAUACUAACUACGUUGCCGGCUGGAUUGAUGGAAACGCAUAUCUUCCAAAUGGACCCAACAGACUCGAACAAACCUUCCAACCAGAUGCACGACCUGGCGUGCUUGUCCAGUCAGAUGGCAAAUACUUCGAACGUUCGAAGCCGCAGUACGGAGAGUAUCCGCUGUCUUGGUUCAUCAGCGCUAGAGAUGCUGGAGCCAAAGGAGACGGAAAUGCUGACGACACGGUCGCGCUUCAGAAUGCAAUCAACCGUGCUGUGAAUGAGCAGAAGAUCCUCUACAUUGAUCACGGUGACUAUCUGGUCUCUAGCACGCUUUACAUUCCCGCAGGCUCAAAGAUCGUCGGAGAGACAUAUUCCGUCAUUCUCUCGUAUGGAUCGUACUUCGAUGAUAUGGAGAACCCAAAGCCAGUCAUCCAAAUUGGCGCAAAAGGCGAGGCGGGUAGUAUUGAGUGGAGUGAUACUGUGAUCAGCACUCAGGGCAGACAACGAGGUGCCAUCAUGUUUGAGUACAACUUGAUCGCUCCUGCGGGCACACCAAGUGGCCUGUGGGAUGUACAUGUCCGUAUCGGAGGCUUCGCAGGCUCCAAGCUUCUGAAAGAAGACUGUCCCACGACUCCCAACACGACUGUGACAAUCGAUACUGUCGAGAACAACUGCAUCUCCGGCUACCUCUCCAUGCACAUCACGCCAGAAUCUUCUGGUCUCUACCUCGAGAACGUCUGGGUGUGGAUCGCCGACCACGAUCUUGAAGACAAUGCCAAAACUCGUGUGACAGUCUACGCCGGACGUGGACUCCUCGAUGAAUCUCAAGGCCCAGUUUGGAUGAUCGGAACUGGCGUCGAACAUCACGUUCUGUAUGAAUAUCAAUUCGUCAACGCAAAGAAUGUUUGGGCCGGAUUGAUUCAGACCGAGACUGCAUACUACCAGCCAAAUCCGAAUGCGAUUAUUCCGUUCCCUGUAGUGGAAGAGUUGUACGAUCCAGUGUUUGAGCAGCUCACUGUCAGAGAUCCAAUCCUGGAGAGGAAGAACUCUUCCCUGCCAACAGGACUCAACUCGACUACAAGCUGGAAUACCACCACCCCAAGCACUCGCAACAGUACCGCGAUCAACAUUCCCGCAGCAAAUGGUUGGGGUCUUCGUGUCGUUGAUUCGCAUGAUAUUCUCAUCUACGGUGCUGGAUUGUACUCUUUCUUCAACAACUACAACACUUCUUGCUCGGAUCGUGGCAAUGAUUCCACAUGCCAGAGCCGAGUGGUCAGCAUUGAAGGCAGUUGCGACGUGUUGGUAUACGGUCUGGCAACUGUGGGAGUACACUGGCCGAUCACAGUGGAUGGCGAGGAUGUUGCGUAUUAUGCCGACAACCAGGCUGGUUUCCCGCAGACUAUUGCGAUGUUUCAGAAAAGGAGCAGUGAUGUGAGUGUUGAGAUUAGUAUAGGCAAAUGAUGAGUGCAGUGCGAACGUUGUAGGAAGCAGCUGCGGUGAUAACAGCAGUGGUGGAAGGCGACCAAUGCUAGGAUUCUUUUCUGCUCGUCUGCUCAAUGUCCGCGACAAAGACUCGUAAACCUGUUCUUAUGCGCAGCUCAGUCGAUGACAAAGACAUCCGUAGAAAGUCCCAGACACUCCGACUUACAAUUCAGUUCACUCCGACA